UUUUUUCUUUGUGCUCCCAUAGAGGCAUUUUUGCCAGUAGAUUCAGAGCGUUUCUAUUGUCCUUGUCCCUUUGUUUGCCUUCACGUCUCCAUAGACAUCUUUAGAAGUAUCCUACAUACCUUCACGAGAUAACUCUUAUAGAAAAUGCCCGCUGCAACCGCUACCGCCUCCAACGCUACUAUUCCUUCCCCUGCCUCCCUAAAAGCUGCCGUCAAUCCCACCGUUGUGGAUGGUCAGAUUGACGUCUCGGCACUCUUUGUCGCUGACAAAACCUCUCGUGGUUCGGCUGCCCAGCACCUUGCUGCCGUUGCUCAGAAAGAGGGUCCCUCAGCCCUGCAAUCGUCUGGUUUUUCCGAUGCAGUCGUUAAGGCUCUUGGGGACAAAAAAUCGCCCGCUGCCCGUGAGGGUGCCGCUGAGGCUGUUUCUACUAUCGUGGCCUCUGGGUCGAUCAAGGCACUCGAACCCACUUUCAUCGACUCUGGCAUCUAUGCCGCCCUUCUCGAGACCUUCGCUGACAAAGUGCCUGCUGUCAGGACAGCAGCUGUCAAAGCAGUGAAGGAAUACACUGCCAACAUGAGCCCUUGGGCUACCGCUCUCAUUCUUCCCACCCUUCUUCACGAACUCAAAACCGCCGGCAAAUGGCAGGUCAAAACUGGUGCGCUUGUGAUUCUCGACCAGUUGGUCAAGAGUGCACCUCUCCAGACUGCUCGUUCCAUGCCAGAAAUCAUCCCCGUUCUCUCCGAAGCCAUUUGGGACACGAAAGCCGAUGUGAAGAAGGCCGCGCGUGAAACGCUCAACAAGGCCACCGCUCUGGUGUCAAACAAGGACAUAGAACGUUUUAUUCCUGCUCUUAUUAAAUCUUUGACUAAUCCCGUCGAGGAGGUGCCAAACACAAUUGCCCUUCUCGCGGCCACCACAUUCGUUUCCGAAGUAGAUUCCCCUACAUUGUCUCUCAUGGUUCCCCUUCUCUCCCGUGGUCUUAACGAGAAGCACACCGCUAUCAAGCGUAAGGUCGCUGUCAUCAUCGACAACAUGUCCAAGCUCGUCGAUAACGCUGCAACUGUCCGGCCAUUCAUUCCCAAACUUCUACCGGGUCUGAUCAAAAUUGAGACUACCAUGGGUGACCCUGAAGCCCGUAGUGUCGUUGGCAGAGCUAUUGCCACCCUCCGUCAAGUUGGAGAGGUCCCUGAUGGUGACGGUUCUGACCUUCCACCCGUCAAGAAGGCCGAGGUCUCCCAGCUCGCCAGUGGGCUCGUUUCAGUCUACAAGAAGCUUGGUGGUGAGAUCGAUGCCUCCCACGUCGCUUCCGUCUACACUUCCGCCCUUGCAACCAACAUGGUCAAUGUUAAGAACUUCGAUGUGCCUGAGUGGGACACGCUUGCUCCAUAUCUCGCCAUGGUCGUUUCCUCCCCUGACCCUGUCACUGUUGCUCGUGAAUGGGUUGUCCGUUCCGCUACAGCCGACAUGGAUGAUGAUGAAGUUCCUGAUGACGAGGAGGAGGGCGAAGAUCUUUGCAAUUGUCAAUUCUCGUUGGCUUAUGGUGCCAAGAUCUUAUUGAACACUGCUACCCUCCGUCUCAAACGUGGCCACCGUUACGGUCUGUGCGGUAAGAACGGUACCGGUAAAUCAACCCUCAUGCGUGCUAUCACCAACGGGCAAGUGGAAGGCUUCCCGUCUCCUGACGAGGUUCGAACUUUCUAUGUCGAGCACGACAUUGACGGAAGCGAGGAAGACACUUCUGUCCUUCAGUUCAUUCUCACUGACAACCGUAUCCUCGCUACUGAAGCUGAAACUAAGGAUGCACUCUCCAGUGUCGGUUUCAAUGACGAACGUCAGAAACAGGCCAUUGGAAGCUUAUCGGGAGGUUGGAAGAUGAAACUUGCUCUCGCCAGGGCUAUGCUGUUCAAAGCUGACAUCUUGCUCCUCGAUGAGCCCACUAACCAUCUUGAUGUUGUCAACGUCGCUUGGUUAGAGAGCUACCUCACUAGUCUCAAGACCUGCACCUCCAUUAUUGUCUCGCACGACUCUGGAUUCUUGAACAACACCAUCACCGACGUACUACAUCUGAACCGCUUCAAGCUCAAGAGAUACAGAGGCAACCUUGAGACGUUCGUGAAGGCUGUUCCCGAGGCCAAGUCCUACUACAGUCUCGAAGCCUUGGAGGACUACAAAUUCAAGCUUCCCGACCCACCUCUUCUUGAGGGUGUCAAGACCAAGGAGAAGAGUUUGUUGAAGAUGCGCAAGGUUGGAUUCCAAUACCCCACGCAAGCCGUACAACAACUCUACGACAUCACCCUUCAAGUUUCCCUUUCUUCCCGUGUUGCCGUCCUUGGACCCAACGGUUCUGGCAAGUCUACCCUCGUCAAGCUCCUCAUCGGUGACAUGGAGCCCAACAAGGGUGGUGAGAUCUGGAAGCACCCCAACUUGGUCAUCGGCUACGUCGCUCAACAUGCUUUCCACCACAUCGAUCACCACCUAGAUAAGACUCCGCUCGAGUACAUGCUCUGGCGUUACCAGACCGGUGAAGAUUUGGAGGAAAUGACCAAGGCUAACCGUCAAAUCACCGAGGCUGAGGCGCAGAAGAUGAAGGAGGGUGCACUUAUGAUUGUCGAUGGCCAGAAGCGUCUGAUUGACGAGGUCAUCACCCGUAAGAAGCUCAAGCAGUCCUACGAGUACGAAGUUUCCUUCAAGGCUCUCAGUUCCUCCGAGAACAUCUGGGUGCCCCGUGACGAGCUCGUCAAGCGUGGGUUUGAGAAGAAAGUCAUUGAGGUUGACACCCGUGAAGCUCAGCGUCUCGGUCUCCUUCGUCCUCUCGUUCGUCGCGAGAUUGAGAAGCAUUUUGCUGACUUUGGUCUUGAGCCCGAGUUCGUGUCUCACAACACCAUGAGAGGCCUUUCUGGAGGUCAGAAGGUCAAGAUUGUCCUCGGUGCCGCCACCUGGCGUCGUCCCCAUGUCAUCUGCUUGGAUGAGCCCACUAACUACCUCGACCGUGAAUCGCUCGCUGCUCUUAUUGCUGCUCUCAAAGUGUUCGAGGGUGGUGUCCUCAUCAUCACUCACAACAGGGACUUCUCUGAGUCUCUGUGCACGGAAGUUUGGGCCAUGCGUGAUGGACGCCUUGAGGCUUCCGGACACAACUGGGUUGAGGGACAGGGAUCUGGAGCUCGCAUUGACAAGAAGGAUGGUGAAGAAGAGGACCAAUACGAUGCCAUGGGUAACAAGAUUGAUAACAAGAAGUCGAAGAAGCUCACUUCGUCUGAGGCUCGUAAGCUGAAGAAGGAGAGAUUGGCAAGGAAAAAGAGAGGUGAAGAUGUCACUGACGAUGAGCUUUAAAGGUUUUUAACCUUUCGCGCUGCAUCGUUUUUCCGGGACUUAUGUAUACCUCUCUCUUUUAUGACCAUCUUCUUCUGUUGUUGCCUCGCUUGUGUCUGUAAAUCUACUGUACCCUUCAUGUCUUUAUGUCUUACCUUGUCUACUACGCCAUAUAAUUCUACUUCGUUUUCUACACGA